AUGUUGGACACGGAGAAGUUAGAGUCGCCCGUCGCCAUUUCGCAGCACACUCCUCCACAGAGAUCCUCCGACAAGGAGCCAUAUUCGUCUAUAGCCCAUUCUGCAUCCUCCGUGUCUCGGUCUGACUCGGAUCACGAUGAUCGAGCACUCACAGAGGUUAUUACGCAAACCUCAAGAAAGGCGGCAACGAAAACGGUGACAAGAGUGACGACCCAAGGCACGGCCUUCACCACAGACCCCAGGUUUGAGGUCGAUUUUGAAGUUGAUGACUCGGGAGACCCCCGGAAUUAUCCGUUUUGGUACAAGGCUCUGGGCAUCUUCGCCAUAUCUUGGGGCUCUUUGGUCGUCGUCAUGUACUCGACUUCUUACACCUCAGCCUUGGGCGCUAUGCAGAAAGAAUUUGGAGUCAACUCACAGACUGUAGCCACUCUCGGGGUCACCACAUACUUGCUCGGGCUUGCUUUUGGCUCAUUGUUCCUUGCUCCAAUUGCUGAGACAUACGGCCGAAGGCCCGUCUACGGGAUAUGCAUGGCAGUGUACACGAUUAUGAUCCUCCCCGCCGCUCUGGCGAAGGACUUGAAAACCAUCAUCAUUGUGAGAUUCUUCGGCGCCCUAUUUGGCAGUGCCAUGAUCGCGAACGCCCCCGGGACGAUCACCGACCUCGUAUCGGAUGAACAUCGUGCAAUGGCCUUUUCUAUCUGGAGUAUCGGCCCCAUGAACGGCCCUGUGGUUGGGCCCACCAUUGGGGGCUUUGUGACCGAGUAUCUAGGUUGGCGAUGGACUAAUUGGAUUGCGAUGAUCUGGGCGGGCACCGCCUGGGCAGUACUCGCUUUGUACAAAGAGACGUAUGCGCCGGUCUUGUUACAGCAAAAGGCAAGGCGACUGCGUAAGGAAAGGAACGAUGACAGGUAUUGGAGCCGCUACGACGUCCGGGUUGGAUUUGUGAAGCUGAUGAAGAUCAAUCUGAGUCGGCCGUUCAUCAUGGCCGUUACAGAGCCCAUCUGUAUCUUCUGGAACGUCUAUAUUUCCUUGAUCUAUGGCAUUCUGUAUCUCUGCUUCGUCGCAUACCCCAUUGUCUUUACCCAAGAACGUGGCUGGUCCACGGGUAUGAGCGGGUUGUCAUUCAUCGGCAUCGGGAUUGGCACAAUGAUUGUCAUCUCCAGUGCGGCACCGAUCAAGAGGAUCAUCAACUCGCACGAACCGGACAAAGAUGGAAACAUCCCGCCCGAGGCAAUGAUGAGCGUUGUCUGUAUUGCGGCAGUCCUUGUUCCCAUCGGUGAGCUCUGGUUCGCGUGGACUUGCUACCCCACGACCAUCCACUGGGCGUUACCUAUCGCCGCGGGCAUCCCGUUCGGCAUGGGCAACGGCAUCGUAUUCAUCUACGCCGGCAACUACCUCGCCUAUAGUUAUGGCAUCUAUGCGGCGAGCGCCCAAGCCGGCAAUGCCGUCACACGAUCGAUUCUUGGAGCGUGCCUCCCACUCGCCGGUGGGGCCAUGUAUCGCUCCAUGGGUCCCAACUGGGCAGGGACGCUGUUGGGCCUGCUGGAAGUCGUCAUCAUCCCGAUUCCUUUUCUGUUUUAUCGGUACGGUGGCCGGAUUCGUGAGAGGUCGACCAUGAUCCGCGAAAUGCGCGAGAAUGAAGAGAGGCAGGCGUGGAAGCGCAAGAAGGGCGAGGACAGAUUGCGCCUCGCGGUCAUGAGUGGCGACGAGGCCGAAGCCCAGGAAGCCCAAGUCGAAUUACAUCGCAUCAAGAGUCGCAUUGACGAAGAUGCCGACGUGGAGGCGCGAGGACAUGAGACGUUGAACGCUAUCCACGGCUUGGGGAAGGAGCCGCUUUGA